AUGGAAUAUAACCCUGGAAGUUAUAUUAAUCUUGACUUCGAUGAACACAACACACGUCAUUUUAAUAGGCUGUUCAUAUCAUUCAAAGCAUGCAUAGAUGGGUUUAACCACCGGUGCCCGCUAUUGUUUCUCGAUGGUACGUUUCUCAAAGGCAGUUUUAAAGGUAACCUGCUUGCGGCGACCGCAAAAGAUGGCAACCAAGGUUUGUUCCUGGUGGCUUUUGCAAUUAUUGAUUCCAAAAAUGCAGCAAAUUGGGCAUGGUUCUUAAAAAAUUUGGCUAACGUAGUUGUUGGGGACCGGAAUCUGACAUUGUUUCGGAUUGUCAUGUCGAGGAAUUUGAAGGACAAGAUAAAAUAUGUCAACAAAUUAUAUCGUAUUGGACUGGUAAGUAAAUUGCGGGAAUGUGCCUAUACACCUAUUGUAGUUGACUUCAACGAAAAAAUCCAAGCGUUCAUACAGGCCGAAAGGCAUAUUGCUGUCAAUUUCUUACAAGAUCUACAGCCGCAUCACUGGGCCAACACGUAUUUCAGAGGCAACCGUUACGGUGAGAUGUGUUCCAACGCUGUUGAAUCAUUUAACAACUGGAUAAAGGAAGCACGCCAUUUAGCAAUUACCCAAAUGGUUGACGCAAUUAGGACACAGAUUAUGAAUCAGAUGUCCGAUCGGAGGAGAGCGCCAAGUUCCUAG